UCUGGAUUCGCAGAUUUACUCCGUCAGCUGUUCGGAGUGGAGUGAAAAUUUGGCGAAAAUUCGAUAUCGUUUUCCAUUAUCAAGGAUGCUUCCUGGCAGGAAGCGAUUCGGUUGCGCUUCUGUAUGAAGAACCACUAAAUUAUAAUUAUGGAAAGCCGAUCGAAUCCGCCAUAAUAUCCGUGGAAAAUGGGUUCGAGCAGCGGCGGCGGCGGCGGCGGCAAGAAGAAGUACUCGACGUUUCGGAACCGGCAACGGGCCAGCCUCAGUUUCUUCAUAGUCGUGAUGUUCUUCAGCGUUUUCGGGCUGAUCGUGUUCACGGAGAUCUUCUUCAUAGACGAAAGGGGCCGGGCGGCGGGCGUCGUCCUGCGCAGGGGCUCCCUGACUAUACAACGCAAACGCGACAAGAGCUCGGACUAUGACGACGGGUUCCAAAGCGAGGACUACAUAUCGAUACGAGUGGGGGCGGCGAUGAUGAACGACGACGCGCUGGGGGCCCUCCUCAUGGGAGGCAGGCCGCCUGUCGCUCUGCCCGUCAUCGAACGUUCGGCUCCCUCGCCUCCCAAGGUGUUUGCUGAGAAUCAACUGCCUCCUUAUCCCGAAAAUGCCACGGUAAACGAAGGCGGAUGGCAAAACGUGAACAAUACUAGGUACAAAUUCUUCGUAUUUUCGGCGUUUUACGACGAUAGGAAGGGCCAAAGGAUAAUUCGCGUGAUCGGGGCGACGAAAACCCGGGGGGCCGAGAGGGUGUGGUGCAGAUUGUGGUACAAAACGGGCGAUUCCAAUUCCACCGGCCACGUUUCGGUCACGGUCCCGGCUAAAUUUAAGGUGAUUCGAGAGAACUGGAAUUUGAAAUACAGCGCUUGCUUCGUGAUGUGCCCGCUAACGAACAAGACUAUACCGGGGGCGGUCAGCGUGGUGGCCAAAGUGCGAGAUCCUCCCGCCAAUUUGCUGCUGGUCAUAAACAAUCGCAACGAAACCGGGGGAAUCCCCGCCGGCACGGACACAUCCCAGCACAAAUUCGGCGUGUGCGUGAAGCCGCUCCACUUCGACUACAACAGAGCUCUGCAAAUCGUGGAGUUCGUGGAGUUCAACCGGAUCCUGGGCGUGGAGCACUUCACCUUUUACAAUCACACCAUCGGCGAUCAGGUGAACUGCUUGCUGAAGGACUACGCCGACAAGGGCCUGGUGACCGUGCUGCCUUGGUCGCUGAACAUGGUCUCGCAGAAGGAAAUCCGCACCGAGGGACUGUUCGCGGCGCUCAACGAUUGCCUCUACAGGUCCAUGUACAAAUAUUCGCACCUGUUGCUCAUCGAUCUCGACGAAUUCAUCCUGCCCAAGUUCAACGAUACCUUGAGCCAGAUGAUGAGCCACCUGAGCCGUCGGUUGAAUUCCCGCACGCACGGCUCCUAUUCGUUUCAAAACGGUUUCUUCUACUUGCAAUUCGACGACGACGAUUCGAUCUUCGAUUUCGACGAUCCGGUCGCGGCGAAUUUGAUCACGUUGCGGAAGACGCGCCGCAAAACGAAGCUCCACCCGCACAAGCAGCGCUCCAAGUACAUUUGCCGGCCGGAACUGACCAUCGAAGCCGGCAACCACUUCGUUUGGGAGUUCAUCCCGGGGCACGGGACGCUGAACGUGCCGUCGGACACGGCGAUUUUGCACCACUACAGGAUAUGCGAGUUCGGCGGGGACGAUUGCAUCAAGGACUCGUCGACGGUGGACAGGACGGCGUACCGGUUCAAGGACGAUCUCGUGCAGGCGGUGCGCUCGACGUACUACAGGAACAAAGGGAAGUGCGCGCUGCCGGAGCUGGUCCUGCCGUCGGGUAAGGUGCUCAACAAGCUGAUGCAUUUCUUGAAGCCCAACGCGAAUAGGUAAUGGGGACCGCGGUUGGACGCGGUUUUUCGAUAUCAGUAUUAGUAGGUUACUAAGUUGUUUCUGAUUUGUGGAUGGGAGAGGCGCGCGCGCGCUCACGGUGUGCGAGUACGGAGAAAUCGAUUUCGACGGUUCAAGUGUAAAUAAGAGGGUUUUUGCGAUUUUAGAAGCAUUAUUUUUCCAAAUAAAUAAUCAAAAUGAAACAAUUUGACUUCGUGGAUCUUGUUGAAUACAAAUUGUGAAAUAUUUCUAUUUAAGGUUUUAAAAUUUACGUAGUACGUAAUUAGAUUGGCGGAGAAUUGAUAAAUUUUUGAUAUUUUCAAAGGUUAGACUAGACAAUCCUUAAAUUGGUUUAAAUUGCUGUUUUUUUUUUCGAUUUAACGCAAGAAAACGACUCCGUUUUACAAACAUUUUCGGUGCUACGUUAAUAACAACUAGACAUUGUUGUAUAGACCGCUGUGAUUUAAUUUUUUUAACUUGUAAAUAAAUAUUUUAUCUUAUGA